GUAUGUAUAAUAAUGAAAAGACAGAAAUCAAAAUAGAAAGAAGGUACCUGAUCAUAUCAAUAAAGUUAAAUGACAACCGCAUAACCAAAGAAAGUUUUAGUAAAGAAGCCAUCUAAUAAAAUUGAUAAAUAGGAAAUAACAUUAGAAUAAUCAGUUAGACAUGAAGAGAUUUUAGAUGAUCGUCUUAAAUUAAAGCAAUAAUAAUAUGAAGAAGCUAAGGCUAGAAUACUCACAAAUUAAACACUUUUAAAAAAUAAAAAAAAAUAAAAUUAAGAAUUCCCCCAAUUGCCUAAUUGAA